GCCCAAUUGAAGGGGCGCGGGGGACCCCAAAUGCCAAUACUGCAGUAGGCGAAUACGCUAGAACCAGCAACUGCCGAAAUUACCAAUUCUUCAUCUACCCAGGGUUUAUUCUUGGGCUUUGAAUUCUUCAAGUAUAUCUGGACAUUUUUAUGACCUAUGCUUUGUCUAAACGAGUGUUUAGAAAGUUGAAGGUAUUAAUUGUAUCAAUCUCUGCUCUUGAUUUAAAUGAAGUAUUCCAAUCAUCAAUCUCUGAUCUUGGUUUAAAUGAGGAAUUCCUAUCAGUAUAGCUUAUAUACAGAUAUACCAUUGCGGCCUGCAGGAGUUGGAAUUAUGGAUAUAUAAUUCAACAUUUCAGACCAAUAUUCAUCAAAACGCAGGAGUUAGAACUUCAUAACAUUUUUGUGACAGUAAAUUAUUGAAGAGGGGGGCAACUAUUACCGGCCUUUGAUUCCUAUUCGGACUAUAGCCAACAUAAAUUCUGACCCAUACAAUUGUCAUUACCUGUUGCAGUUAGGUUGUAGAAAAUGCGAAGACCAACAUUGUAUCUGAGGCUGGCUCAGUCUCUGGUAACAGAGCGAGGGUUUUGCACUUCUGCAUCGAAGAAUAGCAAUUAUAAGAUCAUAGCUUCAGUAGUAUUUGAGAGACUCCCUGUCGUCAUCCCCAAAAUCGACCCUGCUGUUUAUGCUUUUCAAGAGUUCUCGUUUCGAUGGAGGCAGCAAUAUCGGCGGGAAUACCCAGAAGCUUUCUUGAAAAAAUCUGAUUCCAGGGGAAAAGGUGAUUAUCAAAUUGAGUUUGAACCAGCUCCUCGGAUCACUGAGGCAGACAAAUCUAACAAUAAAAGGUCAUUACAAAGAGCACUAGACCGAAGGUUGUAUCUUCUCCUUUAUGGCCCAACAUUUGGUUCUCCUAGUGGCAAAAGUGUCUGGCAUUUCCCAGAGAAAGUUUAUGCAUCUGAAAAGACUCUGCGCGAGUGUGCAGAGUCUGCAUUAAAAUCUGUGAUUGGAGAUCUUUCUCACACUUAUUUUGUUGGCAAUGCUCCAAUGGGCCAUAUAGCAAUACAGCCUGCGGAAGCUGACCAGGGUAUAAAUUCUUUCAAGCGCUUCUUUUUCAAGUCUCAAGUGAUCGCUACCAACAAGUUUAAUGUUAAAGAGUGCGAAGAUUUUGUCUGGGUCACAAAAGAUGAACUAUUGAAGCAUUUCCCCGGGCAAGCUGAAUUCCUGAACAAAAUGAUCAUCAGCUGAUAUUUCUUGUCCUUUCUAUUAUUUAGAUGCUUGGAAUAAAUUUCAUGAAAAUCUGUUGUCGGCUCAUUGGAUCUGCCCAUGUUUCCCAAAGCACCAUCUUGUAUCCCUGUGAAUCUGAUGAAUUUUGACACUUCAAAGAAAUUGUUCGAAGUUGACUCUACGAUGAUCAGGCUGCGAGUGGUUUGCAAUUGCAUUUAUUUUUACCAAGUCCUAUUAGAGAGCAUUUGAUGGAAAGUAGGGAAUUUUGGUCACCCUACCAUUUUUCCUGCCCCCCUUUCUGAAACCUGUCUGUGGUGUUCUUGUGUUUACAUUUUGUUGAAAAUCUUUAAUUUAUGCACGGCAGAUAGAUACCAUAUAUAUUGUUGAAGAAGUUUUGGUUAUAAUGUAUUUGUUGCAGCUGGUAAUAGCCACCAGAUAGCUUGAUCUAAGGAAUACAAGUUCUGUAGCAAAGGGAUUGAAGGCA